UACAUUACUGAACUCACGCGAAGUUACUUCAGGACUUACUCCGGUUAUUUCUGCGUCGUUAGCUUUACCUGUGAGCCUCUCCACCUCUCGGGUUCAUUUUCCUCAGUAUCGCGUGUCUCAGCCGAGUGGAUGGGACUGUGGACGACACGCUGCCUAUGUCCAAUAAUAUCAGACGGAAAUGGGCUUAAUCAUUUACUUGGCCUCUUAACACGCGCAAUAUGUAUUUAUUUAUUUGUCAGUCAGUGUUCCUGAGUCGUCGCAAGGGCUCUUUGCAUGUUUGAGUACGAUGGAGCAUAAUACAAACACGCCUGCAAUCACCAGAAGCCUCUUGUGGCCAUUAAAAGUCAGUAGUUGAACUCAGGCUUUUUUCAGAAACUGAGUGGUUCUCAAAGUCUGAAGUCCGCAUAUGCGCUCACAUCAAGGGGCCCUUAUAAACAUCACUCCAACUGUCAAUAUUUCAUCCUUUGCUGUGUUGCUUGCCGUUCUUGCGAGCCUCACUGCAGCAGCAUCAACAGCCUCGCGCGGAAAAUUAGCUAUGGGCGAAUUAAAUUUUCGCACAGGUGUUGUUAAAUGCUUAAAUAUGGUCGGGGUUGGGGGAAGCCAGGCAUGGGUAGUGGAAGACCGCGCAAAAGAAAUUGUGCGUGGCUGCACAGAUGAUAGCGCUGCUUUGUAUUGUUGCCCUGGCUGCUGAUGCCCCGCCUCUGAUGGAAGCCUUAAACCUGGCACCAAGCUAAAACAAACGAAAGUCAGCUUCGAGCUUCCACUCAAACCAAUUAAGGCGGACUCCAGUGCACACUCAUACAUUUCCAUCCUGAUGCAGCGACGGUGAAACAACAGGAACAGAGGAGCUGGCCAAAAAAAGAAGGAGAGAUUGCCUUGCCUUCUUAAUUUCUCCCUUUCCAACACAGAACAAUGUCGAUGAGCCCUAAGCAUACGACUCCUUUUUCUGUAUCCGAUAUCUUAAGUCCUCUUGAAGAGAGCUACAAAAAAGUGAGUAUGGAGGGGAACAACUUGGGGGCUCCUCUUGCCUCGUACAGACAACCUCAAGUCACGCAAGCGGCGAUGCAGCAGCACCACAUGGGCCACAAUGGGACAGUACCCGCUGCCUACCACAUGACUGCAGCUGGAGUUUCCCAGCUGUCACAUACAGCCAUGGGGGGCUACUGUAACGGGAAUUUGGGCAACAUGAGCGACCUUCCGGCCUAUCAAGACGGCAUGAGAGGCAGCACGACGGCCACCAGCUGGUACGGAACGAAUCCAGACCCACGCUUCUCUACAAUCUCUCGUUUCAUGGGUUCCUCGUCUGGGAUGAAUAUGGGCAGCAUGAGCACGCUGAGUUCACUGGCGGAUGUCGGCAAAGGCAUGGGUCCGCUGACCAGCACGCCUCGCAGGAAGAGACGGGUACUCUUCUCCCAGGCGCAGGUGUACGAGCUUGAGCGACGCUUCAAGCAGCAGAAGUACCUCUCCGCGCCGGAAAGGGAACAUCUGGCCAGCAUGAUUCACUUGACUCCGACUCAAGUUAAAAUUUGGUUUCAAAACCACCGAUAUAAGAUGAAAAGGCAGGCUAAGGACAAAGUGUCCCAGCAGCAAAUGCAACAAGACAAUGGCUCCUGUCAGCAGCAGCAACAGUCUCCACGGCGGGUGGCCGUGCCGGUGUUGGUGAAAGACGGGAAGCCAUGCCAGGGCAGCAGCCAUACACCCAACACUGGUGUACAAAACCACCAUCACCAGGGGGGGAACGUCAUGAUUAUGUCCAAUAACAGUUCUUCAAUGGGCCAGCAUCAAAGUCAGCAGGUAGGCAGCGCCGGCCAGUCCCCAGAUCUGGGUCAACACGCUGCAAGCCCCCCAUCUCUCCAAACCCAGGUAUCCGGCCUGUCACACCUAAACUCUUCCGGUUCCGAGUAUGGAGCCGCCUUGCCUUGCUCCGCUCUGCUCUAUGGCAGGACAUGGUGACAUCGGAACAGACAAUAACAAAAUGACAGGUGGAUGCAGAUCAUCUGUAUACUCUGCUCAAAUAGACCAUGAGAAAAGUGGUUGCGCUCUGAAAUAAUUGUCUCCUUUCUGAAGGGGGAGAAAUGACAAGGCUACGAGCAACACGAGGAUUGCCAAAUGUCAAAGGUAUCAAAUCUUUUAUUUUGAGGAUGAGCGCCAAAACACCAUUAAGAAGAUGGAAUUAUUUAUAUACACUAGAUUUUAAAUGGAGACUGGUUUAAACACUAAAAUCAAAUAUUCUGUCAUCCUGUUGGAUUUAAAAAAAUGUCCCGACAACGAAGAUAUCCCCAUCACAGUUAGACUGCUAAAUACCUUUCAUGAUUUCUAAUAGAUUUCACUGUAAAACGUAGCUUGUAUAUUUCUGUAAAAGGUUUGGACUGAUUACAUAGUUUUUAGCGAUAUGUAUAUUGUAAAGUUUUUUUAUCGAUAUUAAGGUUCACAUGUUUUUUUUCAGUUUCAUUGUUAUUUGUACGUUUAAUCUUCUUGUAACUUAUAUAGAUAUUUGACUUAAACGCAGUCAUACAAUCAUAUUAAUAAAUUAUGACAAUAAUGGAAAUAGCCUAACAAUAUGUUUGUUUUAAAUUUGGGUGUAAGAAUCAAUCACUCGGCGGUGCUAAAAGUGGGGCCUGAUCAAUUGAACGAUUUUUCUUCAAGAAAACUAGUUUAAAAGUCAUCAAGCUUCCACACGAUCGGCCUUUACAUUUGUUCAAGCUUUAUGGAGACGCAUCAGAAGGAUUUUUGCUGCAUGCAUGAUUUUUUUAUUGGAUCUCCCUUCAAUGUGACAGGUUUGUUGAGCUGGAUUUCUGCAUCACAUGCCUCCUACUAAAGUGUUAAUUCUGCGAAGAGUUGUGUAGUUUUCUGUGUCGCAACACCCAUGGAGUCAAAGGU